CAGCUGUCAAACCGGUGAUAAUGGCCUGUGUGCGGUGUGCGCGGUGUGCGGGGAACGCAAGCAAAACAUAAACGUCAUCGCGGGCACCGUCGCCCGUCCGUCGAGCUGGUGAUUGGUACACGACAGAGCUAGGCCGCGAGUCCGAACAGUAUCAUGCACCAGGGGAGCUUAUUUUGAUUUCGCACACAGUUUCCCCGACCCAUGUAACGCCAACGUCCAGCGAGCGGAGUCCAAGCAGACAGCCACCGACUCUUCCAUCAACAGCCGUUUUCCGUGGUGCCCGCCGCAACACACCCUUUCUGGUCGAGCGCGCGCACGUUGAGGAUGUACAAUGGCAUACCAAACGAUACGGCAAGAAUAUCUCCAGAUACCGAUAGUGACACGGGUGUACUCGACGGCCUGCAUCAUCACGACACUGUCGGUGCAUCUCGACAUCGUAACGCCCUUUCAGCUGUACUUUAACCCAAAGCUCAUCUUCGAACACUACCAGCUAUGGCGCAUCUGCACCACGUUCCUGUUCUUCGGCACCUUCGGGUUCAACUUUCUGUUCAACAUGAUCUUCACAUUUCGGUAUUGCCGUAUGCUGGAGGAAAAUUCGUUCCGCGGGAGAAGCUCCGACUUUGUAAUGAUGUUUCUAUUCGGCGGCACCGUGUUGGUGAUUUGUGCGUUGUUUGUUAAUUUACUUUUCUUAGGGCAAGCUUUUACCAUAAUGCUGGUGUACGUCUGGUCACGGCGGAAUCCGUUCGUGCGUAUGAACUUUUUCGGCGUGCUAAACUUUCAGGCCCCUUACCUACCGUGGGUACUGCUCGGGUUUUCCGUGCUAAUAGGCAACACGAUCUGGGUGGACCUGAUCGGUAUCGUGGUAGGCCACACGUACUACUUCCUCGAGGAUGUGCUACCAAAUCAGCCGGGAGGCUUGAAGCUGCUUAAAACACCUCGAAUCCUCAAACUAUUGUUUGACGAGGUGGCAGAGGAUCCAAACUACGUUGCGCUGCCCGAGGAUCAGCCGGGCGGGUUUAACUGGAGGCGAAAUAACUAAAGCGCCGCAACCACGUAGCGGCAGUGUUUUAGUAGUACCGCAAGCAAGUAAAUAAACGUGUCGGGUUUACAUGCAA